AUGCCAAGAAGCGAAUCUCCUAUCGUGGUUCCACAAAAAAAGGUUUGCUUGCAGAAGGCUGAAGUGUUGGUCCUCAGAGCCCACCUAGAAGACUGGAAGUCUGUGAAAGGUAAAGAAAGAUUGAGGGUGCUGCUUGCCAUCUACAAGGAAGCGUCCCUCCAAGCUCCCACCAAGGAAAAGGCUCUGUUGAAAGCUCGGCGAAAGAUUUACAAGCAGUGGUUGCAGAACCAGUCUCGCCGGAGAGGAGCUGCAAAGCCCCUUAUCAAGUAUGGCCGUCAUUGGACGGCGAGGCAAGAGACGGGAGAGAUGGCUGGAAGCAAGGGGAUGAUUACCAAGUGGCCGAAGGCAGCAAAGACAGUCAUUAAUUGUUUGUCGGCAGAGGAGAGAGAGGAAGCGGAGGCCAAGGCGGAGAAGUGGAACAAUGAAGCGGCGCCGCCAGAUAUUCAGACCGAGAAAGCCGGAAUGAGGGUCUGCAUCCUAUCCGCUUGGAAGGACAGCCAAGGCAAGCUUAUGUUGGGAGGUGACUGCAGCCACGACUUCAAUGAACAGUUCGGGGAUGGAGAGAGCUUUAUCAAGACAAGGGAUUGGGACGGCAUCAUCAUGCCUGAAUGGGUGGAAUAUGCGGGGGAGCAAUUUGGGGAACCCCAGGUGGUGAAAUCAAAGAAACGAGUCGCCAAGAAAUUAGUUGAACUUGACGAAGACACCGAUGGGUGGCCAAUUUUGCCCGACACAACGGGUUGGAAACGAGCCGAACAACAGCACAUGAUUUGGUCUUUCUUGAUGAAGCUCUAUAGAAUGUGCUCCGGCAAAGAAAACCUGAAAGCGGCGGUGCCAUGGGGGAAUGUAAUCCAUGACCCAUGGGCGUUCUUUGACGGCGCCCAUUGGCCGGCCGGCGUGCAGCUCAAGGAGCCAUCCAAGAUGGAUAAAGCAGAUGCCACCACCGUACUAGAUUUCUGGUUUGACCGCCAGAAAAACGACAUGCAACCGGCCUUCUCAUUCAAGGCCUGGAAAGAUUCUGAUGGCGAGAUGCAAGAGGCAGACUUGUGCCCACCCAGUGCCCACCAUGCCAAUGCCACAAAGCAGAGCACAGGGAAGGGUAAGGGCAAAGCCAACCCUAAAGCUAACCGCCGCCGUGUGGCGGAGGAUAGCAAUUCGGAGGACGAAUUGGACAGUGAUCUCGGAGAGGAUGGUGUUAGUCCAUCCAGUGAAGAUGAGGAAGCACCAUCCAUUGGUGGAGAGCCCGAGAUUUCGCUGCCCCCAAAGGUUCACGCCGGGAUACCAGACAAGGUGUCGCCAAGGUCGGCGGGGUUUUGA